GCCAUUUUGUCUGCCGGACAUAGGCAGGGAGAGAGAAGCCAAGCAACAGCAACUAUACACAUCAAAUAACUGGAAUAACGAAAAAGCAGACGAUGUGAAUUGGCUGUGAAGUCCCAUCGGUAAACGUUAUUGAGAUUUUGGGUUUGAAAGGAAAUUGGAUCGAAUUUUAUGGAUAUAUCAGACUAAUUACGUAAAAUAAAGGAGUGUUUCACUCCUGGCACGAAACUCGAAGGAGGCGAGUUGAGAAAGAACCCCGAACCCGUCAGAUAGCUAGCUUUUAACAGUAGUGUUAGUAGGAAGGCUAGCCAGCGCUCUUCUGUUUUGUCUCUCUUGGUUUCGUCCUCGUCAAGUCUGAAGCUCAAGACAAAUUGGCAAGUUUGGCAGUUUAAUGUUGGUUCCCCUUCCUCGUUAUGUGUCGCUCGAAACCAAGGGACUGCUCUGUUCAAUGUAGCCCAAACACACAAAACGUUAGUGGAAGUUGAAGUCAAGAACUCGGAAGAAGGAUUUGGUGUUAACUAACGUUAGAUAGCUAUCCCGCUAUUAAGUUAUCUAGCUAAUUUAGCUGAACUUUGAUUUGAAUUCCGGGCACAUAGGUAGCUCGCCAGGCAGUGGACUGUGCUUUGUCUCGCUAAUUGAACGUUGGCAUCUAGGCUGCUCGUAAGCUAGUUAUGUUUAUUUGUAGCCAUCGAGCAAACAUUAAUGUUUACAAAUUGCACAGUGGGACUCUUUCCUGUAUCGAAUGCUCCAACGGAAAUAUAAGUUAACACAAGCUAGCCCAUAUUUGUUAGCUAGUUUUAUUAUACAGAAUAUAUACCUUGCUAAUUAUAUAGUUAUUUAACUGCUCACUGAUUUGCCAUUUCAAGCGGACCGGGGCAGAUAAAGCUAGUUUAAAAUUAUUAUUGUGCGCUGGAUUUGAACUACCUUAGGUAACGUUAGCUAGCUAACACACAUAUUGCAACAAAUACAUUUUUCAACGACAAUGGACUAGACGUCAUAACACUUUUUUGUUGUUGUCAAGGAACCGAUUGACGUGGCCUGAAACCGUCACACACUUGCCGUCACUGGUGUUACGUGCGUCAGCUAAUAUCCAGUCAUUGGACCGUGUGUGUGUUGAUCAUCUAGCUAAUUAUUGUGGGGUUUGUAGCGAAGCAUUGAAACACAAUGUCAGGACAGUCUAUAACGGAUCGGAUCGCCGCGGCACAGCACAGCAUGACCGGGUCGGCUAUUAGCAAAGCCGUGUGCAAGGCCUCGACGCACGAAGUCAGCGGUCCCAAGAAGAAACACCUUGAUUACCUGAUCCACUGCACCAAUGAGAUGAACGUCUCUGUACCCCAGCUGGCAGACACACUGUUUGAGAGAACAGCCAAUAGUAGCUGGGUGGUGGUUUUCAAAGCCCUCAUCACUACACACCACCUCAUGAUGUACGGCAAUGAGCGUCUCAUCCAGUACCUGGCCUCUAGAAACACCCUCUUCAACUUGAACAACUUCUUGGACAAAGGUGCUUUGCAAGGUUAUGACAUGUCUACGUUCAUCCGUCGGUACAGCCGCUAUCUGAAUGAAAAGGCCAUGUCUUACAGGCUGGUGGCUGUGGACUUUACCAAGAUGAAGAGAGGGAUUGACGGUGUGAUGCGUACCAUGAGCAUAGAGAAGCUCAUAAAGACCCUUCCUAUUAUCCAGAACCAACUAGACGCACUGCUAGACUUCCAGGCCAACCCCAAUGAGUUAACUAACGGGGUGAUCAACUCAGCCUUCAUGCUGUUGUUCAAGGACUCCAUCCGUCUGUUUGCUGCCUACAACGAGGGCGUCAUCAACUUACUGGAGAAAUAUUUUGAUAUGAAGAAGGGUCAGUGUAAAGACGCAUUGGACAUCUAUAAGAAGUUCCUUUACAGGAUGACCAAGCUGUCAGAGUUUCUCAAAGUAGCAGAGCAAGUUGGAAUAGAUCAGGGUGAUAUCCCCGAUCUCUCACAGACAAUUAAAGGAUCAUGCAUUGCUCCUAGUAGUCUCCUGGAGGCUCUGGAGCAGCACCUAGCCUCUCUGGAGGGGAAAAAGACCAAGGAACUCACCGCUGAUACAAGAGCGUCCACCCUGUCCAGUGCGGUGUCGUCUCUGUCCAAUACAGGCAUGUCAUUCAGCCGCAUGGACGAGAAGGAGAGACAGCAGGCCUUAGAGGAGGAGCAGGCCAGACUGCAGGCCCUCAAGGUACAGGACCAGCGUCUGAAGGAGAUUGGCAUGUCCACUCCAUCUGCCUCCCCCAGUACACAGUCUAUGGGCAGUGUCAACAACAACCACCACAACACCAAUCAAGGCAUGGAGCUAUUCAGUGCACCCUCCACCAACAGCAUGCCCAACCUCAGUAGUGAUCUAUUUGACCUGCAGCCAGCCUUCCUACCUGCUGUCCAGAGCACUCCCUCGAUCUCUACAGCCACCAGUGCCUGGGGAGGUGCUGCUGAGACACCUGAGUCCUCCAUGAGUGUAGAUUUUGACGCUGUUUUCGGGGGUGGGGCUAGAAGACAGGCCAAUUACGACGUACAGCCUGCCACCGAUGGGUUUGACGCUCUAGGGGACCUGCUGAAGCCCACAGUGCCCAGCCACAACCAGGCUCCUCCCAUGAACCUGCACCACCCUGGUCAUCCCCAUCCAGGGCACCCAGGAGGCAAGCUGCUGCCCAAUGACCUUGACUCGUCCCUUGCCAACCUCGUUGGCAAUCUGCAGUUCGGAGGAGCCCCAGCCAAGAAUUUGUCGUUGUGUGCUCCGGUGUUCAGGCCAGACAUGCAGUGGAGUCAGCCUGGAGAGAAGAAGCUAACUGGGGGACACAACUGGCAGAGCAAGACCAUGACUAGCACCACGGCCUGGAACCCUGCUCCCAUGGCCCCUGCACCCAUGCCUGUACAGCACAUGAAUGGGAUGUUCUAUGCCAGUUAUGCUCCAGCGCCUAUGACAUUCCCAAUGACGACGCCGCAAGUGCCUAUGUAUGGAAUGGUCCCCCCUCAAAUGGGUCAGAUGGGGAGUGUACAGUUGAUGGCCCCCCAGCCCAUGAUGUACAACCAGCCUGUACUCAGACCCACCAAUCCCUUCGCCCCCAUGCCUGGAGCCCAGAUGCAGUUCAUGUAAUCUCAUGGGGGAGGCAGAGUUCCAAAAGCGAUGGCAAAAACACACGCCGAGCGAACCACCGAAGACUAAAUGAACGAAUGAAUGAAUGAACAAAGGAAUGACAGACAGAAGGAAAACCAACCAACACCAAAUAUGAGAGGAAGAGAAGAAAAAGAAAGGGAGGAUCAACCCGGGAGAUGAGAAGGGUGGAAGGCUAGAGCACGGAGGGGAUAUGUCAUAAUAAAGGCGCAUCUCUGUCUGAAACAGCCCCCCUCCUGAAAAAAAUUAUAAAUAGUGUAAAUUUAAAAAAUAAACACCCAAAGCCCAUUACUGGGUUUAAAACUACCUAAAACUUGAAUGUGUAUGUCGUUUUCAGUCGACAGAGUGAAGGGGUUAGAGGUCUUAAGUUUAUUGCACUUAGGACCAGUCUAUACAUUAUGAAGUCUCUGUUGGGUUAGUUUGUCUUCUGUUACGUUCUCUGGUCGUUGGUGUACAAAGGUAGCCUAGGCCCUGUUACGGUUACUGGGACUGUAUUUAUGUUGCUACUAAGCUGAUAUUGAGCAAAAGAGGGAUGGAGAAGAGGGGAUCUAGCCAUAGGCAGAAAAUACAGGUUUGGAUUGAAAAAGAUCUGUAGGUUAAAGUUGCAUCCACUCUCUUUGGUUGCAUCCACACAGGUAGGAAGAUGUACGUGUUUGGAUUCAGUUUUUCUAUCUCAAAGCACGUGUGUUUGCGCGCAAGCUGUUAAUAAACCAUUUCUUUGUGAGCUGGUCUCUACCUUCUUUCUUAGGCGACAGGUCACCAAUUGGAGCGGUUUCUAGAAAUCUUUAUUUUAAUUCUCCAACUUUCUCACCGUUACUGAUAUCAAUCAAACCGGUGGAACCAAAGUCACACAGUACCGUUUGUCCCUGCUCGCUUGCCAUCCUUGACUGUUAGGUAGUGAAGAAAAGCACUUACGGUGUCUAUGUUACCCAAGGGAGCUGUUUCAGACACGGAGAAGCCUUUACCACAUGCAAUCAGACUGAGUAUAAACAUUAAGGAUAGCCCUCUACACUCAUCCUCACAACCACCAUCCUACCACCAGCCUAACCCUCAACCUCUUCUUAUGUCUAUUUGUCCAUGGAGAGCCACUGGAGAACUGUUGUAAAGUGUUUUUAAUCCCUCUCUACUUUAUUUGUGUCUCUUGUAAAAACAGUUUCUUCUUCAUCCUCAGUGUGUCCUUAAAUGUUGACGGAUUCGCACGCACACUAAAUUACACACACAAAGCAUGUUACACACACACACCCACGUGCAUUAACGUGUAGAAACACACACCUCCAUCCUGCGGAAACUGUCUGAUUUCAGAAUAGGAUCAUUCUGACGGUUGAUGUCACAAUUUGUGUUUCCUCUAUCAUAAUGUCCAUUGCUCUCGAUGGUGUCCUAUUGUUGCUAAAGCCAUAUGCAGUCAUUUUCUUCCCAACUGUCAAGAUGGGUCAAAUGAAAGGAUGUCAAAGUAACUUUUUGUGUCAAAGGAAGGAUAUUGUCAAACUGUUGAUAACUCAACAGAACUGUUUCAUGUUUUUAUUUUGAACAAAUAUAUGUGCCAAUAAGUUUGGUACUGGUUAGCGCUGAAUGAAACUUAACUGCCAAGGGUUACUUUAUUGUUAAAUAUUUGGGGGACAUGGAGUUGAAAUGUUCAAUACUAGUUUGAGCAUACUCUUGGUCCCAUAGCUUUAUAAAAGAUGUCAAUGUAACUGAACUGUUGGUGCCAAAGGUCAAAACAGGUAUAGGGUCACAGUUGCCAUACUUUUCGCUGUCUUAAUUCCCCUGUAAUAACACACAUUGGUUUGUUAUAUAUGCCAUGCGUUUCUCAUUGAGGACUGUUUUCUGUUUACUUCCUAUAUCUUGACGCUGAAGCCAAUAGUGAGUUAUGCCCCCUAGUUAUGUUAUAUAUAUCAUUAUUUUUUUAUGAACAAGCUGAAAUGUUUCACUGAUAUGACCACAUUCAGAACCUGAAAGAAAGGAGAGUUGGUGAUAAAUGAAUGGAUCAAAUCAAAGUGUAUUGCUCGCGUACACUGAUUUGCAGGUGCAGCUGAGUGCUUGUGUUUUGAAUGCACAUGCAGAUCCCUAAGACGAACCCUUCCCCUUGUCUCGGUCCACAUCACCAGUGAGUUGAGUACUGUGGAGCGUCUAACUGAUCCUUUUCACUUUCAAGUAGACCUACCGCUCUAGAACACUAUCUUAGCAUCUUUGCUGCUCUUCGGUCUAGUGUGCAUAGCUCUAUAUUCACCUCUUGGUGAUUUGCCAAUUGCCAUUGUCUUCAAGAUUAUCUUGGUGGAUCGUCACUGUCUAGUAGACCUAGCUCUAAUUUCCCCUCUUAGGGGUUUAUUUGUCAAACUCAUUCGCUCCACCCUUGUACUUGAUUGAUUUAAAGUCACAAAUUAGUAACUCCCCUCACCUGGUUGUCUAGGUCUUAAUUGAAAGGAGAAAAAAACAAAAACCAGCAGACACUCGGCCCUCCAUGGAAUGAGUUUGACACCCCUGGUCUAUUAGAUAUAUUUAAAGAAUUGUCUCCAGGAUCACUUUAGAUUCAUUCCCCUUCUGACCUCGUUUCAUUGUCUAGUAGAACUAUAUUUAGAUAGACUCUCCUAUUGGAGUCUUCACUGUCCAGUAUGUAUAGCUCUAGAUUCUUCUUGCUUCUGCUUUUGUAGAUGAUACAUUACAAUCCCCUUUGUCUUAUAACUUCCUGUUUCUUCACUGAACUCUGUCAUAGGCCUUCACUUAAUCAUGCUGUGAGUGGGCGUGUAUGCCAUCUUUAAACUUAAACGGUCUCUGAUUGGAUCAUAUGCAUUUUAUGUCUUGUCGGUGAAACCGAACUAUCCACAAUGUCUAAGAGGGAUGUAUACUCUCAAUGAGGAAUUAAGUCUGUAGUCUUGAAGUAUUUGAGGGUUCUGAUGGCACUAGUCUUUGUCUGUAGGAAGGAUUGCCUCGCUAUAGUAGUAGCUGUGUAAAAGGGGGUUGAGAACCAGUGGUGGUCGUUUGGAAGUUAAAGGUCCAGUGCAGCUGUUUUCAUCUCUAUUUCAAAUCCUUUCUAGGUAACAAUUACUACCUUUUGAUUGUUUUCAAUUAAAAUUGUCAAAAAUAAGCAAAGAUAUCAGUUUCUCAAGCAAGAAUUUUGUUAAGAUUGUCAGGGAGUGGUCUGAGUGGGGAGGGGAAUGCUAGCUGUAGGUUUGGAACGCUCUUAUUGGUCUAUUAAAUUUACCGCCUGGUGACGUCACCAAGCAAGCCAAAACGCCAUCCCACCAAAACAGGCUGAAAUUUUUGAAGUCUGAAGUCUUUUCAAACAUCUCUAACACUAAAAUGGCAUUAUCAUUUUCACAAUAUCACACUAUUAUUCCAACCUUACUAUGUGGAUAUAUAUUAAACACAAACCCUUCUCUGGGCUCCUCAUACUGUGAUAGUCCCUUUACUCAGGAGGGUAGGAAGCUCUGGGUAGAAGUUGCUCUAAGAGACAGAUCUAGGAUCAGCAAACCCUUGGGGGAGAAAUGCAAAACUGACCUUAGAUCAGUGUCUAGGGACAACUCAUUUGUAUCCCAAUGGCACCCUAUUCCCUAUGUAGGCCUCUGGUCAAAAGUAGUGUACUAUAUGGGGAAUAAUGCCAUUUGGCACACAAUCCUUGUUUGGCACUGAAGUUGAUGAGCACAGCUUUUUCUCUGGAAUUUAUCAUGUCUUAUGUUCUCUGGUUCUUCAGUAGUUUCAUUUCUCUCUUUGGGUCAUUUUUAAACUAGAUUGUUGUUCUGCAUGGUACCCGGCCUGCCUGUGUUUUUGUGUGUCUUUGAACUGGUUUCAAAAUAGUGGAAGAAUAGCAGAGGGGGAGAGAGACAGUGUGGAGACUACAAUGUUGAUUGUCCUAUUAUAAUCUUAGGGGGUGCAUCUCAAUCUUGUCUUUUUCUCUCGUCUUCUAAGACCUGAAGAGCGUUAGCUCCCAGAGCGAAUGCCAACAAUGUCAAAUCACGCUGAUGGUCUGUUUAUGGUAGGCUUUUCUUCCCCUGUGCAUGGUCGUGAUGAUGUGUUCUUUCUACAGCUCCCCUUAAAAGCAUGAUCUGAUUUACUGUGUUAAAACUCCGGGUUCCGGAUUGUCAUGGUUGCAUUUCUGAUUACAUGCCGCAAGGACAGACACCCCUAACCAUAGCUCUAGGGUGAAUCUCAAUAGUCUUUCCUUGGCUCAUUGCGUCCUCUGUCCUCAACGCAUUGGAGGAGGUGGUCUGGGGGUGUAGCCAAACCCUUUUACUUUUCCAAAGAUGCCACGUUACUUUUUCCCUUUAUUGAAAUGGGUCUUUCUGAUCAUAUCUGCAAGUGUAGUACCCUCUAGUGGUGAGUCCCUGUAGUAACACAGUAAUUGAAGAUGUCAUCAACCUGAAAUGAAAAUGGAACAGGGAAAAAGAGGAAUGGCUUUUUGGGGUUAUAAACGGAUAAAUCUCUCCAUAAAAUUAAUCAGUUUAUCUGUUAUUUGCUCAUUUUCAGUCAGUGUUUGUUCAAUGAUCAUGUGAACAUUUUUUUCCCUACAUGUUUUUUUUGGAAACUACCCUUCUGAUAGCUGAACUGGUGAUAACUAUGUAAAUAUAAAUAGAAACAUGCAAACACAUACACAUAUACAUCACAAUCCCUGUAUUGUACUAUACAGGGAAUAUGGGCUGCGUUUACACAGGCAGCCCAAUUCUGAUCUUUUGCCCAAUUCUUGGUAAAAGAGCAGAUCUGACUGGUCGAAGAGAAAUGAUUGAAUUUGGCUGCCUGUGUAAACGCAGCCAUGGUGUCAUUUGGGACACAUCCAUACACACACAUCAGCCAUAAUGUUAUUUUUGUCUUUGUAUUAUUAUUUUUCUGAACAUGAGAGCUAUUUGAUAUUUGCAUUAUACAGUAUAUAGAUAUAUAAUAAUACCCAAGGGGUGAUUAAACGUAUGAAGAAGGGGAUUGGCUGCAUGUCUACAGGUUGCCAAUGGGAUGUCAUUGAUUGUCAAGGAUGCCAAAUGAUUCAGAGAAUCACACCCUUGUCUCUGAUUAUUCUUCUUGAUCUUCCCCCUCUUUGUACAUUUUUAUUUAUUUCUGCAGAAAUAUUAGGAUUUUAUUAAGCAUGGAAAUAAUACAAAACGAACGUUACAGAAAUACAAAAAUCAUUGGCUUUUAUUUUACUUACUGUGUUUAAUUUGAUUAUCUUUUUUUGGAAGAAAUAAAGUCAUUUUCCAUUCCUAAA